AUGUCAAGGAAAUCCCCCAACAUCGUCGUUCGGGUCUUCACCGUGUUCAUCCUCGCCCAUCCAAUUUCCGGUAGCGUUACAUCAGCAGUCUGUGGAUGGAGUGGCACGGCCCCAUUCUGUAGCGGAGGGUGUUCAUCCGGGCAAACCCAACUUCCUUCCAACUCGCAGAAAUGCGGUACAGGCUCAUGCUGCUGGACUGGAUCAAAGGCGUUAUGUUGUACCCUUCCGAGCUGCCCUUCCGGUUUUGAAUGGGCAAGAAAUCAGGUCGGUGUCGACCCUUGCUUUCUCGCUUCACAGAUAUCCGAGGCGUGUGCACCUACCAAUCAACUUGAGAUUUUGAUUGGAAACGGAAACUCAUAUGCCCCUCCCACAGCGAGCGACGCGACGCCUUGUACAUGCUCAUCUCCCCUUUACUUUCUCGCGUCUGCUUGCGCGUUUUGUCAAGGUGGAACAUAUGUCGACUGGAAAACAUGGUCUGCGGCCUGUACCACAAUCGUUACUUCUGCUUCAGGUUUGAUGGCUUCUGCUUCUGGCAUACCAGACCUUCCGCCAUGGUCGCUACUAAACGUCACAGCUCAACCCUCCUUCAACGCCACAAUUGCUCAAGAUGUGGCAGAGGGGAUGCCUGUGCCUGCGACUUCCACUUCUACGGUCAUGACGACCCAGACGCUAGCAGGCUCUUCUGCCACGCCGACUGAAACGCCAAGCCCUUCACAGUUGAGCCAUUCCAAGUCCUCAAUGAAGGGUAAAUCUGCUGUAGGCGCCGCAGUUGGAGGUACCAUUGGGGGGAUUGCGUUGGUUGCAUUACUUGCGUUUUGGUGCAGGCGAACUAGUCCUCAGGCACGCUCUUUCGAGCAACCACAGGUCCCUGACAGGGGCUCCAGCUUUCGCACUACUCUUGUCAACGAAAGGCCUUUGACUUCGAGUGAAUUUGGAGAUGGCCGUGGAAGCUCCAUGUAG